UCUGCAGCUGUGUUUAAACGUGAGAGUUUGAGGAAACGCUGUCAGAGUGCUCAUGAUGAAGGUCGUUCUGCUCCUCGCUCUCCUCACAGUCAGUGAAGGUGACGGCACCACAGUUGUUGGUAGAACCGGAGGACGUGUCACUCUGUCCUGUAAAUACGACAUCAAAUCUCACGGGGCGCUGCACAUUUGUUGGGGUCGAGGACAAAUACCAAACUCCAAAUGCAGCAACCAGCUGAUCGCCACCGACGGACACAAGGUGACCGAAGGAACCAGAGUUUCCAGCAGGUAUCAGCUACUGGGACGACUGGAGGACGGAGACGUUUCUCUGACGAUAGAGGACGUCUCAAAGUCUGAUGCUGGUCGGUACGGAUGCAGAGUGGAAAUACCCGGCUGGUCAAACGACAAAAAAUAUCACUUUGAUCUGGUUGUUGAGGAAGCUCCUCAGACGACGACAUCAACGACGUCAACCAGAGAGACGGCUACGGAGCAGACGGCUGCUUCUUAUACAGCAGAUCAUGUGACCUCGACCGAUCACCUCCUGACUUCCUCCUCCAGCAGCAUCACGGCUGAGGGCAGCAGCGGUGUGAGCGUCGCUCUGGUGUGUGUUCUGGUCGGGUUGGUGUUUCUGGUCACGGCGGCCGUCAUCUUCAUCGCGCACAGAAGGAGACGACUCGGCAAAAUCCCUCAGCAGCAGGUCCACAGUACGGUCCAGUUCAGGUCCACUUCGUCCGGUCUGCAGCUCCAGGGUCGAGGGUCAGCGGUGGAGAACAUCUACCAGAUAGACGAAGGCGGCGAUGGAGGCAAUGGAGGCGAGUACGAGUACUGCCCCUGAGCCAUGAAGCUCCGCCCCCCUGACCUGCUGACCCCGGAGGACGGGACGCCGAGUUCUGGACGGAAGACGAGAACUCGACCCCUCGAAUCAGGAGGCCUUCAGGGUCCUUCAGGGUCCUUCAGACCAGCCAAAGGGACAUGAGUCUCAUGAGGCAGAAAGCCAACACUGUGGACUACGACUCCCAGAGAGCAUUGCUGUCAGAAGCCUGCAGCCGGACAGCAGCGUGGGGAAUGUAGCGUUUAAGACACUUGUGAUAAUUGUAUUUAUGAGAGUCAUGAUGUGUUCACACCAGAAGAGAAGCAAACUUUUAUGACGCGAGAAUCCUGAGAGUUUGAUCCAAGACCAUCUCCAGACCUGUUGACCGUCAGCUGACUUUGAUCUGAACUCUUUGGAACCACACUAGGACUCUGACGUCACAGUUUCCUCUAAGCCUCAUGGGUAAUGUAGUGUUUUAGUACUGCUGUCUUUACAGUCGGUUGUGUACUUUAAUAAAGCUCUGAUGUAACUUGUGAAUAAUAAAGAGAGAC